AUGUCGUCUUUGCACGCUCUGCCACUGUUUUCCUACUGGAAUGGAUUAAGCGCAUCUUACGUCCCGAAAUAUGUGCGGAAGCAGCCUAGGUGUACAAGCAUGGUCGGCUUGUACUUUAUCUUAAAAAUACAAUCGUCAACGAAGGAUUACAUCUCCAAACAUUCUGUGUCAGAUAUGGAGUUGAAGGAGUGGCUAGGCGACUAA